GGAUUUUUCGGGUCUGCCUUGAUCUCGCCAAUUUCCAGCAGCCACUGCCGCAACCGAGUGACGAGCCAGCCCGCAAUCCUCGAUCGGUCAAAUCAGCAACCACCGAGCACACUCUCCCUCUCUUACACUCGCAGCAAGUCGCCAUGGUCUUUGCGUCGCUCUUCCGCCCUGCUCAUAUCGCCCAACGGCUUCGUCCCUCGUCGCUGGCUCAGACCCUCCGUCAGCCCAAGCGUGGCUUCUCCAGCACCGACGAUCGGACGCUCUCGCCCCCAACGAGCCUUCUGGUUCUGCUUGGCGGAUACCUUGUCCUGGUCAAUGGUGCGGCCGUUGCGCUCUUCUACUACGACAAACAGCAGGCCCACCGGCAGGCCUGGCGAGUCCGUGAGCGCGAUCUGCAGCUGUCGGCGCUGUUGGGCGGAUGGCUCGGUGGGCUGUGGGCCAUGAAGACCUUUCGCCACAAGACCGUCAAGCAGUCGUUCCAGCAACCCUACUAUCUCUGUGUUGCCGGCAACGUCCUCCUGAUGGGUGCCGGCGUGGUGGGCUGGCGACUGAGCCCCGGGUUCCGACGUUCGGUGCACUCUGCCCUGCGUUAGUAAAGAGUGUCGACUCUUUCCAGCAAAUCCCAAGGAUGCCCCGACUUUAUCUGCCCCCGGAAGCCUACAACGCAGCGCUCCCACAAUGAAUAAGCAAUGCUGUUUCUGGAAGCAUCGACCACCUUUUGACCAUCGAAUACACGCACGGCUCACGAUGAUGAGCCGCAACGAUCACGAAUGACUUUGAGUAUAUUCGCCACCCCCAA